AUGAGCGAUCUUCAAAAAGCCUUUGUCAAGUCGCGCCUCGCCAAGCUGCCGCCCGAACUGCCUCUGAUGGAGGACGACGAGUCUUCUUCCCCAGAUCCCCACGGGGUGUCCGCCCAUCAUGACGAUGAUUCCUCAUCGACCUCAUCAGCGGGGACGGUGGUCCCAUCCCCGAACAGGCAUUUGUUUGCCAGGCCAGAUCGCAGAUCGUCCAACUCCGUAUCCCUGGACUGGAGGGAUUUCUUCUCCCAAGAAUUAUUCCUCGAAGAGGUCUACAAUGAAACGAACAUAGUCCACCAUGUGUAUCUCACUCCCCCCUCGGAUUCCGGGCCGCUCUUCGUCAUGCAUCACGGCGCAGGCUCCUCGGGUCUCUCCUUUGCGACCUGCGCAAAGGAGAUCCGCAAGAUUCUGCCCAAGGCUGGCAUGCUAUCUCUCGACGCCCGAGAUCAUGGCAGCACGACGACCAAGAGCGAGCCAGACGGUGGGCCAGUUGAGCUCGAUCUGAGCCUCGACACUCUCAGUCGAGAUCUUGUCUUCGCAGUCAAAGCCGCCCAGUCGAAGAUGAAUUGGAAAACUCUUCCGGACAUUGUGCUCGUGGGCCAUAGCCUGGGAGGCGCAGUUAUCACUGAUGUCGCUAAGAAAGGCGAACUGAGCUCCAAAUUAUUGGCAUAUGCCGUGUUAGAUGUUGUUGAAGGUUCCGCAAUGGACGCCCUACAGAGCAUGGAGCAGUACCUCUCCACCCGUCCAACCAGGUUCCCUUCUAUAUCCUCGGGAAUCGAAUGGCACACCCGAUCCCGCACAAUCCGCAACAGAACCUCAGCCCGCAUCUCAGUCCCCUCAUUACUCCACGAAGAAUCAAACCCCUCCGAUCCAACAAGACCAUGGGUCUGGAGAACAAACCUCGCCGCCACGAAACCAUUCUGGGAAAACUGGUUCAUCGGACUGAGUAGGAAAUUCCUCGAAGCCCGCGGUGGCAAGCUGCUCAUUCUGGCGGGGACGGAUAGGUUGGAUAAGGAGUUGAUGAUUGGGCAGAUGCAGGGAAAAUAUCAGCUCCAAGUCUUCCCAGAAGCAGGCCACUUUAUACAAGAAGAUCUACCCACGAAAACAGCCCAGAUCCUAGUGGAUUUCUAUAAACGGAAUGACCGAAGUGCGCUCGUGCUCCCCCCCAAAGUCGCGGACAUGCAGGCGUCUGCUGCUAUGAAGAAGGGUCUGGGUACUGGUAGCAACGUGAAGCAAUAA